GAUACCGAGAAGCGUCAAGCGUCUCGUCCUUAACAACAGCGUCAGACUCAGACCCGGGUCCCAGCGCCACACCCACAGUCGGAUCUUUUUCCACUCGACACCCACACGUCCCACAGUCAUUAGAAUCAGCAGCAGUUCACUCUACGCAGUUAACACGGCUCAGCAUUUAGCAAAGAGAUAUCAAAUCAAGCCGGACGAGCAGGUCGAGUGCGUUUUGAACCAUUUUGAACUGAAUUACACGACCAUAGCCGACACGUGUCCGAUUUUCCCCGACUGCAAUCUCAAGACAUUCAAUUCGCCGUUUCGAACGAUUACGGGCAUUUGCAACAACAUCAUCCACCUGGCCACGUCCCCUGGGGUGUGCCGAGAACCCAAUACCAACGGGCUCUCGCCCCGAAUUACGCCGACGGUGUCUGGAUGCCUCGACGAGCCACAAAUGGUGGCGAACUUCCUCAUCCCCGUCAAAUUUGUUGAUUCGCGACCUCGACGUCGCUCGUCAUGCAGUACGGCCAGUUUAUCGAUCCCGACAUGCUGGAAACCAUGGAAUCUAAAACUGCCGACGGAGCGUCAGUGCCUUGUUGCACGGACGAUGCCCGAUAGUCAAUUUCUUGACGAGGGCGACCUUAGUCACGGCAAGUGCAUCCCCAUCGAUAUUCCCCAGGACGACCCGCUUUACUCCUUGUUUCGCCAACGUUGCAUGCAAUUCGCCCGUUCCCCCGUGCAGAACCGACGGACGCCUCGGCCAUGUUGAGCAGUUCACUUUUGAUUGCAGAUGAAUCAAAACACUCACUAUCUGGAUCAUUCUGGCCUUUACGGCUCCGACGAUCAACUGGCCGGUGAGCUGAGGACGUUCGAAAAAGGCGCCCUCAAGGUAUUUGUCCGUCCUCGCAAAGGUUGCCACCACGACAUGGAACGACUUGCAUCCACCCGACAGGGGCCAAUAGCUAUUUGGCUCAUUCAGGCGAUAGAUGGCGCGGUGAACGAACGAAUCGCCCUCGCACAGUCGCACCUCCUCAAUUUUCCCUUCUUGCUUCCAUAUAAUUCUAGUUCGUCUGCUAUUCCCCAGCCGUAAAACGUGACAACUGACAAAAAACAACUAAAAAAUCGAAAAUGAUCUCCACAAAAAUUUUUUUGUUGCGGUCUGUUGUUAGGCAAAAGGUUGUCAUUUCCAGCAGCAUUCGUUUUCGUACGAUAACUCAAGCGGCGUCGGCCGAGAAAAUACAGAGGAUCGUCAACGACAUUUCCCAGCUUACCCUCAUCGAAGUUGCAGAAUUAAACCAAGUUUUAAAAACAACUCUUAAGAUUCCUGAUGCUCCAGUAAUGGCAUAUGGUGCAGGUCUUGCUGCAGGCCCAGUUCAACCAAAAGAAGAGGAAGAAGAAGCUCCUAAGGCUAAAGUUCAGACCAUUUUUACAGUCAAACUCACGAAAUUUGAUGAAACCAAGAAAAUUGCUUUAAUCAAAGAAAUUAAAAACAUUGUUGAGGGAAUGAACCUUGUUCAAGCCAAGAAAUUUGUAGAAACUCUCCCUGCAGUUGUACGAGCAGAUAUUCCCAAGGACGAAGCAGAGAAACUUUCAUCUGUGAUAUCUGCUGCUGGAGGUAUUUGUGAAAUUGUUUAAUUUGAGUAUGUUUUGUAGUAAAAACCAAUAAAAUAACAAAAGACA